AUGGCGAGCUCUUCUCGAUUCACUCUGCUGCCUACAAGCUUCCUCGCAUCCCAGGAUCCAAAUACGGAAACGACUCUGCCAUCCCUGAUCGCAACGUCCGAAAACCUCGCUGCUGACGCGAAAGAGGCUCUUCCCUACGCCUUCGACAAUUGUACAUAUUCCCUAGGGUAUCUGAGACAAAGUGUAUGGAGCUGCAUAGAUUGCGGGGAGAAAGGGGUGUGCUACGGAUGUUCAAUCACCUGUCAUGGAGAACAUCGGCUGGUGGAAUUAUGGACCAAGCGGCACUUCCGAUGUGAUUGUCCUACGAGCGCUAUGAGUGAAGAUCCUGGAUCAUCCACUUCGACGAGUGGACCUUACUCUCAUCGAAAGCGGUGCAAGCUCAACGCGCCCGAGUCUCAACCCCAGGAGCUCAAUGCUGACAAUCGAUAUGGCAAGACGUUCAAAGGUGUCUUUUGUCGCUGUGGCAGAGAUUAUGAUCCUGAGACGGAGACGGAGGCUAUGGUCGUCUGUAUCGGAUGUGAAGACUGGUUCCACGAAUCAUGUCUGAACCUGUCGUCGAAGAAGGAUCCUACAGUACGGGCAACGACAGCGGCGACUGAGGACGAAGACGGAGAGGAGGAAAACGUCCUUAUUCCGAGCGAUAGCUACGAUGGUCUCGUGUGCGCUGAGUGCGUGCGGUCCAACACCUUCUUGUCGGCCAAAAUGGGAACGCUCGGAUUCAUGAUUAUUGAGCCGGAAGUGCCAGAAGGCUGGCGGGUGAUAGGGAGAGAAGAACGUAUCGUCGAGGCAGAAGCGGGAGAAGCGGGAGAAAUGAAGAGACGGAUCGAGCAGGAUGCGACGCAUGACUCUUCAGACCCUAAAAGGGAUAACGAUGGCGUGAAGAUACAUGGCAAAGGUGACAUCUUUCUCGCUCACGGCAUUCGAGACCGUCUGAACGAUACCUUGCCGGCAGACACAGCAGCAUCACUCCCCUUCCCGCUCAUCGACGAAGAGAUCUAUGAGCCGCCGAAGGACGAAGAUGAGGAGGAGACCAUGGAGCAAAUCACUGAACGUGUGGUUGGCGCCUUGCCGAGGGUACAGGCGAUUGAAGCCCUCCAUGGAUAUCAAAACAUGAAGGACAGACUGAGGACUAUGCUAGCCGCACAUGUCGUGUCCGGUCAAACAGUCAGCAAAGAGGAUAUCGACAGGGUCUUCGCCGAGCUGCGCGCGGCGAGGUAAGAAAUGAUAGGGUCACAAUAGUGUGAAAGAUCAGUUUGCCCAUCGCUUCAUCAUGAUCAUGCAACAUCAUCAUCAUCACCCAGGUUGCCCCUCUGGUCUUUACUUGCCAAGCACUUCCUCUCUAUCCAUGACUCUCCUGUCGAGCUUGAUAAGGAUGACUGUCCGUUGGGGGUAUUGAUCGUUGGGUACCGUGUGUGCGGUAACACGAGCGGGCUAGGCGGGUCAGCGGAGUAUCUGAAAGUCAUCUCUCAAGUCUCACUACAUCGAGUCCAUCCAGAACGCCCUCGACUAUGCCCGCUGUGAAUGCCUCGCAUGACAACUGGGACAUGUCCUUCGGUAUGGAAAUGUGCUGAGUCAACGGUGGUUGAUUCAUCGACAACAUGU